CGGCAUUUGUUGCAAAAAUAUUUGGCGAAAGACGCAGCUUCCAAUUGGCGACAGAUUUGAAAAAUAAUUAUUAAUUAAUUUAUUUAACACAAGAUUAAAUCUCAAAGUUAUCAAAUAUGGAUGACAUAAAUGAUUUCUUUGAUUUUUCCAAAAACUUUGAGCGCAAAACCGUACCUCGCGGUUGUGUCUCAGGCACGGUUGCAACUACUGUUAUUCCCGCGGAGGAUUCAAAACACCUUAUGAAACGUGAAUAUGCGGGCACGGAAUACUCAAAGGAUGUAGCCGCAGAACGUUUAAAAUUAGAACAGUUGGAUUUGAAUGGCGAUAAUGAUCAAUCCCGUUAUGGUGCCUCCUGCAGUGUGGUGGCUUCCUCUUGUAUGGAUGAUUUAGAAAGUUUAUCAGAUUCUGAUGAUGAGCGGGAUAAUGAUAAUGGUCCUAGUCGUCCAAAUCGUGUGGAUGAUGCCAUUUAUGAUCGUUAUCCCUUUGAUUUGAGACGUGAUGAAAAUUUACCUAUACACGAUAAGAGAGAGGAAAUUGUUAAUACCAUACGGGCUAAUCCAGUGGUGGUCAUAGAAGGUGAUACUGGUUGUGGUAAAACAACGCAGGUUCCCCAAUAUAUCAUUGAUGAUGCCUAUACUCGACGAGAGUAUUGUAAAAUAAUUUGCACACAACCAAGACGUAUUGCUGCCAUAUCCAUAGCACGUCGUGUUUGCCAAGAACGUAAAUGGCCAGAGGGAUCUAUAGUUGGUUAUCAGGUUGGUCUACAUGCCAAUAUAAGCGAAGAUACUCGAAUUGUUUACUGCACGACCGGCGUGCUAUUACAAAAAUUAAUACAUGAAAAAUCUUUGGGCAAUUAUACACACAUUAUACUGGAUGAGGUGCAUGAAAGAGAUCAAGAAAUGGACUUUUUGUUGAUAGUUAUAAGACGUUUCUUGAGCACCAACUCUAAACGUUGUAAGAUUAUAUUAAUGUCGGCCACUAUUAAUUCAGUGGAGUUUUCCAAUUAUUUUAAAAUCAAACGUGAACCAGCACCCAUUUUAAAAGCCGACUCUAGACGUUUAUUUCAAGUAAAAGAUUUCUAUUUAGAUGAUUUGGGACGUAUUAAUAAUACCAAUGUGGAAAUAGAUGUUACUGAACCGGGUAUAUCACCUGAAAUGUAUAGAUUAGUUUUAAAACUGAUAAUUGUCAUUGAUAACAUUGAAAAACAAGAGGUGGCUUUAAGUUUAAAUUCUCAAACGAAUGCGGCGAAUAGCACUUCCAUUUUAAUAUUUUUACCCGGCAUCAAUGAAAUCGAACAAAUGUGCAAAAGAUUGGAAUUGCUUAAUAAUUCAGAAGAAAACACCCCAAAAUUAAGUCCCAUACGUUUACAUUCCUUAAUAUCGCCCGAUGAACAAAUCAAGGUUUUCCAUCAGGCUCCUUUGGGUUAUCGUAAAGUUAUAUUAGCCACUAAUAUAGCAGAAAGUUCUAUAACUGUACCCGAUGUUAAAUAUGUUAUUGAUUUUUGUCUAACCAAAGCUUUGGUUACUGAUACUGCCUCCAAUUUUACAUCUUUGCAAUUGCAAUGGGCCUCCAAAGCCAAUUGUAAACAACGUGCCGGUCGUGCUGGUCGUGUAAUGAAUGGUCGUGUUUAUCGUUUAGUUCCCAGAUAUUACUAUGAGAAUUAUAUGGAUGAAUUCAGCAUUCCCGAAAUGUUACGCUGCCCUUUGGAAAAUGUUGUCUUAAAAGCCAAACUUCUUGACAUGGGUCCUCCACCGGAUAUUCUCGGCUUGGCUAUGAGUCCUCCCAAUUUAAGUGAUAUUCACAAUACUAUUUUAACUUUAAAAGAAGUGGGAGCUUUGUAUACCACAGUUAAUGGUGUUUAUUCUGUACAGGAUGGUGAUAUUAGUUAUAUGGGUCGCAUUAUGGCUUCUUUACCUUUAAAUAUACGACUGAGUCGUUUAAUUGUCUUGGGUUAUAUAUUUAGCGUUCUGGAAGAUGCUAUUAUUAUAGCUGCUGGUUUAAGCGUGCGCUCUAUUUUUCGUUAUCAUGGUUCUACGCCUCAAAGUGAUUGUGAUGCUUAUUUACAAAAGUUACUUUGGGCUGAUGGUUCAGGUUCAGACUUAUUUGCCAUUUUAAAGUCUUAUAAGGUUUGGAAAUCAAUGCGUGAACAAAAUAGCCUACGCGAAGAAGAGGGCGAACAUGCCUGGGCAAAACGUUUCUACAUCAAUUUACGUACCAUUAAAGAAAUGCAUUUGCUCGUACAAGAACUAAAAGAACGUCUAGCCAAUUUGAAUUUCAAAGAACAGACAACCUAUCAACGUGUUCACUGGAUGGAUCGAGAAAAAACUAUUAUUUUAAAAAUUAUUAUUGCCGGAGCUUUCUAUCCCAAUUAUUUUACACGUACAUCCCUUAAUGACACUGAACGAGAUCGCAAAAUGUAUCAUGUUCUCAAUGGCAAUGAUCCUUGUCGUACAGUUUUCUUUACUAAUUUCAAUAAUAAACAUGUAGGAGAAUUAUACACACGCUCUAUUAAGGAUAUUUUCAAAGAUGUUCGCAUACCAGCAAAAGAUAUUGAGGUACGCUUUCAAUCGGGCUCGGAAAAGGUGUUUGUAACAUUUAAGAAAAAUCUCGAAGAUGAAUAUGAUGAUAGUACUUAUCGUUUAACGGUACCGGGCAAAGUUCGGGCUGAGGUUUAUAAGGCAGUAAGAAUGCGUUUGUCGAAAAUGAAAACUAUAAUAAAUGUUAUGGAUGUAAAUAUGGGCAUUAAAUAUGCUGAAGAAUUGGGCGUCGUAAGUGUUAAAGAUGGUGAAUGGCAGCUGGUGAAAGACUCACUUAAACAUGCCGAUUUGAUAGUUUUACCUUCCAUCUUUCAGAAGAAAUUAAGAGGCCAAAUAACUCAUAUUGAACAUUGUAGUAAAUUCUUUUUCUUGCCCGCUUCCGAAAUUGAACGUUUGCGAGACAUACACGAUGCCCUCAAUGAUCCACGCGAAUUGAAAGCUGGUGUCUUUGAUAGUCCUGCGGCAGUAUCCAAAGGCAUGUUGUUGUCAGCACCUCUAGAUAACAAAUAUAGACGAGCUAAAGUUUUAAAAGUUAUUUCCAAUGCUCGUUCUAUACAAUUUCAAGUAUUUUUCAUUGACAAUGGUUGCAUUGGCACUGUUGACUUUGAAGAUUUGCGCUGUUUCUCUGAAAAACUUGCUUCCCUAUCCGAAAUACCUCCACGUAUUUUUGAAUGUCGUUUAGCCAUGGUACAACCCUCUACUGUGCGUUCUCCCAACGGCAAAUGGUCUGAUGAUGCUAAUGAGUUAUUACAGAAAUGUGCUAAUGCUGGUACUGUAGAAUUGGAAGUAUUUUCCGUGGUUGAUGCUGUGGCUAAUGUUUUUAUUAAGGUUGAUCAUACGACCUUUAAUGAUAUUUUAGUGGAGAAACAAUAUGCUCGUAAAUGUGAUGAGAAUUAUUUGUCGAAGAUCGAUUACGAUGUCCGUUUACGCAAACAAUCUCUCAGUAGCCGUUAUCUCGACGAAGAUCACAUGCGUCAAAACGAAGAAUAUAUGCGUUCAAAUCAAUUAAGCGCCGACUUCGACAUACCCUCACCACCCAAGCAACUCUGUAAUAAACUUAUCAAAUUACGUGGCCCCUAUUCUCCUCUAGAAACUAAAAUCUUUUCCGCUGUAAGAGUAGGCGAAUGGAAAUGUGUACAGAUAGAAAGAGAAUCAGUAAAUUCCGUCCUACUCGAUACAGAUCCACAAGAUGUACACGAACGUUUGAUGGUGGCAGCUGAUGUAACAGAAACACAAACGGGUGAAACUAUAAUUGCACGUGCUACAACUUUAAUGCCAAAUAUACACGGUUUUGGAGCACUAAUGACUAUGAUGUUUUGCCCCACCAUGCAAAUAAAACGUAAUAAGGAACGUACUAAGUAUGUAGCCCUUUUAGCGGGUCUAGGCUAUGAUGAACACACUUAUAAGCCGCUGUAUGGUGAACAUGAUAUUGUACUCAAUUUGGAUGUGGAGAUAGAAAAGGAAGAUUUUGAAAUGAUUAAUCAAUUGCGUUAUUGCAUGGAUGCCAUGCUAUUUACGGAUCAUGGUGAUGAACGUCCCAAUAUCUUGCCUAGUCAAAUGGCUGAUUUACAAGCUAAAAUUAAGGAGAUUAUAAUAAGACUUUUAAGUAAAAAUCGUAAAUAUAUUGAAACUCACUGCGAUGAAAACGACAAUGUUUGGCAAUAUCAUGAGCCUACAGAGAUUCUAGAAACUGUUUGCAUUUUGGGGGAACGCACAAUAUUUCCCAUGUUAUCGGCUUUACGUUUAUACGAUGAAAAAUAUGAUCGUAUACAAGCUUUGCUGAGACACUGUGCUGAAUUGCAUAAAUUAAGACAAUUUGAUGGCUCUAUUCAGCCCGUAACCUGUCUGUUGUGUAAUCAACCUUUAGAAAAUGUUGCUCAAUUACGCAUACAUUUGAUUUCACAAUUACAUCGUGAUCGUGAGCAGCAAAUACACUUUAAACCUUCUAAAAAAUAAAGGUAUUUUAUAUAGUUUUAUACAUAUUUAGUUUAUUUUUAGUUUUAAACAAAUUAUUUCUUGACUUUUAAUUGAAUAGAUCAAUUAGUUUUGUUAUACUUUUUUGCCAUGAAAUGGUUUUGUUUUUUUUUAUGUUUUAUGGACUUAUAAAAUGAAAUUUAUAAGCAUUUAAAUAAAAGUUGUGUUCUUUAAA